CCAUCUCUAUAAACGCUGAAAACCAAACCACGCUUUAUAUUUAGAACGCUAGAGCAUUUCUGGUUUUUUUACGAUAUUUGUUAAAGAAUUGUUUCAAAAUGCCGGAAGAUGCAAAGAUCCAUGUUGGAAAUUUAUCGUUUGACACAAGAGAGGAUGAUCUGCAAUACGAAUUUGAGCGUUACGGCCGGGUUGAACAAGUUCAAAUUAUUAAAGAUCGAGACACGGGGAGACCGAAAGGAUAUGGCUUUGUAACGUUUGAAAACAGUAAGGAUGCCAGUGAUGCUAUCUAUGCCAUGGAUCAGAAGAAAUUCCUCGGCAGGAUCAUCAAAUGUGAGAAGGCAAGACCACGGCGAAGUGAAGGUGGGGGUUACCGUGCUCCAAGAGACUCAUUUGAGAGGCGUGAUUUCCGAGAUGACCGUGGGUUCAGAGAUGACAGGCGAGGUGGUAGACGUGGUGAUUUCCGGGGUCGUGAUGAUUUUAGUAGACGGGACGACUUUCCUCGGGAUGACAGAGAUUUCCGUCGCGAUGACACUCGUGGACGCCAAGGUGGCAGUCGGGAAAGAAGGUUUUAGAUUCACUUCCAAGCUCAAAAGGAAAACAAACCACAGAAUUUCACAUCCUGGAAGCACAGGCCAACGAUCAAAUCUCUUAAGACGCUGCAUCAACAUGGAUCUUGUUUCCAAAAUAUUUCCAUUUUCCUGAUUUAUUUUUACACCUGUUAGUUUGUUCCACUCGAGCUGUUUUUAAAAUAUCUCCAAGCACGUGUAUAUAUACCAAUGAAAGUUGUAUCCAAGUGGCACAAGUAGACAUAAACAUAGUAAAGACUAAAGUACGAUUUUAUAUAUAAAGCCUGUUACGUCCAUUAAAGACACGUCCUAUUA